AUCAUUAACUGCUUCUGUCCGGAGCUGGGAUUUUGUUCCGCUCCACAGAGGAGCUUUGUUAUUCCUGACAAAAUGUGUGUGAGGUAUCUGGGACUUGUGCUUCUGGCUUGGCUUCCUGGCCUUCUGCAAGCUCAAAUGCAUUGUAGUCCUCCACAGCUCACUCGUGGCUAUUUUGUCCCACAGCAGGAAAAAUAUAAUCAUGGACAAACGUUGACUUAUAGCUGUGACACUGGAUUUAAGCCGGUGGUGGAGGGCUGGUGGGCAAAAAGCACAUGCCAGAACGGCGACUGGACUCACACCCCUAACUGCACAGAUAUUAGCUCCUGCCUUCCACUUGCUUUUGAAAAUGGGAAGUACGAAAACGCACAGAGGGGUUUUUAUAAUAACCAAGAGACGACCAAGAUCAUCUGUGACGAUGGGUUUGACACGAAACUCCGCUCUGGCAGUAUUCAGUGCUCAAACGGAACAUGGUUUCCCCUGCCUGUUUGUGAGAGAAACAUUAAUGCAUGCGAUAAGCCUGGUGAAAUCCCCCAUGCCGUUAUCAUCAAUCAGGAACUCAAGGAGGUUUACAGUCAUAACUCUCGCCUAGAGUAUCAAUGUGAAAAUGGAUACACUGCAGGUCAAGCAAAUUACGGAGGAGCUAUCACUUGCCAAGACGGAUCCUGGACUGAACCACAAUCAUGCAGUUGCUCUCGCAGCGACGAGAUUCAGCAAAAUGCUUGCAAAUUUACCGAAACGCUGUAAGAUCUCCUGGCUUUGGAUUCAUCCACCGCAAACAGAGAAUGAAGUGACAUCAGAAACACCUGGAAGGAAACUUUUUCUUUUUUCAUUGACAUUCUGCUGUUUGUUGACAGUAAAUAUAAAAUGCUUGACUUUGUCUAAAAUAAAAUAUUUCGACAAGA